AUGUGGCUUAAAAUUGUACUAUCAGGUAUAGCUGGUGGGUUGAUUUACACAGAUAAUCUAGUACCUGCAGUACCUGUCGGUCUCCUUGGAUUGCUUUUGUUGUUCCAGACCACUAGAGUGAGAUUUGUCUUUGAUGAUGACGCACUGGAGGUAAGGAUUGGUGAACAGCUCCGGGAAUCAGGUGAGAAUGUUUUCGUUGGAGGAGAAAACCGCUGGAAGUACUCAACAUUUGUUAAUUGGGAACUCUGGUGGCCAAACUUCCCUAUUUUGGUUUACUUCAAGGAGACGCAAACAAAGCCCGAGGGACAAAUUCAUUUCUUUCCCAUAAUCUUUAAUGGGAAGCAGCUUUAUGACGUUAUGGUGGAAAGAGCGGGCCCUUCAAAAACUAGUGGGCCAAAGGAUUCCUAA